AGACCUUAUGUAGGGUCCUUUGUAAUGGACCCCAGGCAGGAAGGGAAAAGAUAAAUAAACAAAAAGCACUUUAUAGUUUAUGGUUUUAUUUGGUGUGAACACCGUAGCUUACUCUAUACAACAACGACUGUACUAUGGCAGAGGACAAUGAUCUUGAAAAGCGUGCAAUAGAGGAGCUCCUGAGGGAAACGGACCGAGCCAGAGUGAGGGCAGAGACCAUGGGACCCGCGGGAUGGUUAAAGUGUCCUCUCAAGAGCACAAACAAGCGGUUUCUUCUGAAUACAUUGCGCUCCACUGGCCUGGAGCGACGCUCAAACGAAUCCCAGUCAGAAUCCACCUACAGAGGGCGCCGCAGAAGUGAGUCCCCUGACCGAAGACGUGACCGCAGUAGAUCACCACAUAGGGACGGUGAGCGACUCAGAAGUCACAGAGAUAAAUUCAGCCUGGAAGAAAAUUCUAUGACAAAUUUAAGACGCGAGAAAGACGAGGAAAGACGUGAUUUAAGUGCCAGAGAGAGAAAACAUGCAAGAGAAAAUGGCGGUAAAAAAAAACACAGACACAAAUGAGCAUUGCUGAUUCACAGAGUUUUUUCUGUCAGGAAAAGGACUACCUGACAAGUUUUUACCAUGGGUUCUUAUCUAGUCAUGGCCUUCCUCAUAUAUGUUUUUAAAAUGUUGUUCCUUGGCACAAAUAAAGCUAUUGUAAAUAGUUUGUUAUAAAUGAUUUUCAAGUAUUUAUUAUUUAAAUAAUAAUUUACAUGUUUCUGUUUACGGCAGUCCUAUUUGUAUUGAUUUUGUGCCUACCGGGAGGAAACCUAGUAGGCUAUAAUAAAUCUAAUUUGUAACUUCA